CGAAACACCGUCGUUUUGGCGUCGGUUUCGUAAAGGAAAGGAAAAAAAUUUCAUUUGAAGCGAUAGAGAGAAAACAAAAAACAGCGAAGGCGAAAAUUGGCGAUUCGGGAUCGACAAAUUCUGAGGUGUCGACUUGCCAGGGGUUCCAGACGACGCUGUCCACCACAGAGUCGACGCCGUUAGGCAAAAGGUGGUGUUUUCCUCUGCAGUGACUUUCAACGACGGCUACGAGAAGGAGGGCGUGCGUGAGUACUCCGGAACCGCCGGUUUGGGAUGUGACUGCUGCGAGAUCACCGGCGUGGAGGCCAAGAUGAAAGAUGGAGUCUUGAGGAUGAUUCUCUCAAGGGUCAAGGUGAAGGACCAUGACAACAAGUGUACUCACACUGUGCCUCCUUUCACAGGUAAAUCUGGAGGACGCGUGGAGGAGCAUCCGUUUGUGGUGAAAGGUCGAAAGCGAGCCUUCGUUGGAGAACCGACAGCUGAUGGUGGUCUUUUCUUCGCAGUGGAUGUACCUGGUGUUGGUAAUGGUGAUGUUGAAGUGCUUGCUAACGAGAGUGAAGUUAAGUUCACUGCUGAGGUCAAGAAUGUGCUCGAGCACGAUGAAAGUGGACGUCUUUACCUUGGAAGUGGACGUCUCCCACAGCUUUUUUGACUUCUCCUUUGAUUUUGUUGGCUUUUGUUUUCUUUUCACAUUUUUCUUGUUCUUCUUUUCUUUUUGUUUUUUUUUUCUUGUUUAAUCGAAGGAUACAAUUUCCACAGAAAGACCAAAAAUGCAAACCCAAAGACUAAUUAUGUUCAGCUCUUUAAUUUUUUUUUGAAAAGUCAAGGUUAGGAUUUAAUUU